AUGACCGACGCCGCCGCCGAGUCGGACCUCGAGAUCUCGUUCAUCGCGAGCCCGACGUCGUCCGAGCCGUCGUUCUUUCGCCACGACGCGACGCCUCGGGCUUUCAUCUACCCGACGUCGGCGCAGUACCAAGCGAGCGCGAACGCUCCGAUUCGAUCCAACAACUCGUCGCUCUUCUCGUCGUUCCAGUCCGAGACACCAGCGCAGGACGGGCCGUCGUCCAACUCGACGUCCACCUCGGACGAUGCUUCGUUGAGCGCCGAUUCCAAUGUACUCUCGGGUGCUCUGCUCUCGGGCACCACCUCCGACGUCGUGCUCUCGGGCACUACCUCCGACGUCGUCGGGGCCACGACCUCGAACGCACCGUCGAGUACGACGUCAAGCGUUCCGACAACUGUCGACGGCAACCACGUUCUCUCAAGGCCGUCUGCAGACGUUGCGCAGCAUGGCGUGUUCUCUAGCUCGACGUCAAGCUCGGACAUGCCGCCGCCGCUCUCCGCGUCGUCGUCCCACAUGUACUAUGAGGAAGAGUCGGGGCGCCAGAGUCUCUUUUUACCAAAGCACAAGGAGACGAUUUCCGAGCCGCUGCUCAACUCGAACUUUGAGCCAACGCUCCUCGCGGGACUGGAAGAGCCUUUCUUCAACUUUGAUUUUGCGGGUGACGACGACAGCUCGGAAGCGUCGUUUAAGAUGCCGCUGGUCGGUGGCGCGAGCGGCGACGAGUCGAGCCAGUCGGAGCAACACCCGACGUUCUACUACGACGACUCGUCGUACGAAGACAAUGUCAAUAUCUGGGCGUCGCGCGUCUGGACGUCGCGGUCGGAAACCGAAGGCGAGCUCGAGUCGUACCUCCAUGCGAUGGAGCUCGCGCGCGUGCAGAUGCAAAAGGCCGGGUCCACCAAGCCCGAGUCCGAGCCGUACGUGAUGACGCCGAUCGAAGAACACGCUGCGCGGUGCUCGCUCGAGGUUGAGGCGAUGGACGACGGCCUCAAGCCGCCACCGUCGCCGCUCCGAACGCCCUCGUAUUUGGCCCGCACCGCGUCGCCCGUCGACUUGCGCGCGCGGGAAAACGCCAUUUUGUCGCCGUAUCUGCAGCAAAAGCAGGCUGCGCAGACGCUGCAGUGGUUCGACGCGAUCUUUUUGAUGCCCCACGAAGCGCUUCGACACGCGCUGGUGCGCAUUCGGCGGCUCAUCUCGAUCGACUACAUUCCGUUCCACAUGAGCUGGAAGGUCGACCUCUUCUUUGAUUGGUUCGCCGAGUUUGCCCUUUUCGUCAAGACCGCGAUCGAGAUCAAGCGGACGGUCGUUGUGCCCCGGGUUGUCCAGCGCAAGCCGGCGCUCGCAACGAGCCUCGCGGUGACGAUGGAGGGGUACGACGCGACGCUCGCGGUCCUCGACGCAAUCAAGUACUUUCACAACCGGUCGUACGAAGAGGAAAGCGACGUGAGCAAGGCGGGGAUGCUCUGGGCGACGUACUUACUUCAGCUCACAGAGUACCUCGGGACUGUCGAGCGGCUCGUGCUGGCCAACCUUGACAAGGACGAAGUCGACUUGAGCAGCGCACUCGCCGUGGCGUACACGCACCGAACGUACCUUGCCGAGCUCCAAAAGCCCAUCGAAGAAGCGCUGAACGAACAAGCCAAGCGCGUCAUGGUACCGUGGAUGCUCGACGCGCGCCAGUUUGGUUUCAAAGGCGAUUUGCAGCACUGGCAGUGGGGCUGGUUUAGCAAGUGGCUCUACGAGCACCGGUGGCGGCCCUACUACGAGACGCAUGUCGAAGGCCUCUUGACGCGCAUCGAGUUUGCUUCGACCACAAAAGGCUAA